AUGACCACUGAAGGAGUCUGGAUGUCGCCUUCGGGCAACAAAGUCUUCAUUCCUCUUGAAAACAAUCCAGAGGUGUUCACUGGCCUCGUCCAUGACCUCGGCGUCUCCCCCGAGCUUGGCUUCUACGACGUUUAUUCUCUUGACGAACCUGCGCUUCUCGCCAUGGUCCCGCGGCCAGUUCACAGCCUCAUUUUCAUCACCCCUGCGCCCAUGUACUCUGCCGUUCGCAAGGAAGAUGGUCUUGUCUGGUGGGCAGCGGAGCGCGAAGCUCAGAGUGACUUCAAGUUGACAUACGACAAGUCGGGCGAGGACGAGCCUGUGACAUGGUUUCUGCAAACUAUUGGAAACACAUGCGGACUCAUUGCGCUGCUGCAUUCCGUAGCCAACGGAGAGGCCAAGAAGUACAUCCAAGAAGGCUCGCUGCUCGACCGUCUCAUCAAAGAGGGCAACCCCUUGAAACCGAAGGACCGUGCGGACGUACUCUACAAUAGCGAGGAGCUGGAAAAGGUAUUCAUGAAGUCGGCCAAGAAGGGUGACACCAGUGCCCCUCAGGCGGAUGAGGCUUGCGGGUACCACUUCCUGGCAUUUACAAAGGGCAAAGACGGUCAUUUAUGGGAGUUGGAGGGCUGCUGUGAUGGCCCCAUUGAUCGAGGUGCGCUGCCUGAGGACGCUGACCUGUUGAGCGACGAGGCUCUGGACAAGGGCGUCAGGAGGUUCUUGAAGCACGCGAACGGAAAUCUCGAAUUCAGUAUUGUAGCACUGGCGACACGAGGAGAAGAGUGA